UUAUGUUGUUAAUGUGUUGCUAUUAUGAAGCAGCGUGGGCAAACGCCGCUGGACUGAUAACCAACUGCUUGCGUUGCAACAAGCUGCAGAACGUAUAGCUGCAGAUAAUAGAAGAGUUACUGUGAAGAACCUUACAGAAAGCUUGAGAAAAGACUCUCGAUUUGCCAGUGUUACAAAGAAGCAACUAGAUAACUUCAUUUACAACACUAAUCGCGGUAAAGAAUUAAGGCAUGGUAGCGGCACCAAUGAAGCAGCUGUUAACGAAGUGGAGAACUCUGGUCCGCCACCACCCAAGAAACGCUGUCGGUGGUGUACAGAAGAUGAGCAGGCUUCAAAACAAGCAUUACAAGUGAUGGAGGCUACUGGGAAGGAAGCUUCGCCACAGACAAUGCUGCUCGAAAUGGGGCGGCCCAGUGUUACAGCACGCAUGGUGCGGAAUCGACUGCGAAAGGAACAAAUUCAAAAAGACGAAGGUCAGAAUGUUGCAAGCCGCGCUGAAGAGGAGAGCGGUAUAGAAGAAGACAUGUUUGGUGACGAGGCACUGCCAGCAUUCGACGAAAACAGAGGUGUGCAGAGGUGCACCUAUACUUCAGUUGAAGCAGCAGAGGAAGCCUGCAGAUCUGCCUUCUCGGAGUCCUGCUCAUAUGCCUGUUGCUGCUGUGAACGCAAGCUGUUCAGGCAAUCAGUGGUGGAGGUCACGGAAAACAUGCAUGACACACUCAACGAGGAGUGGGCUACCAAUCUAGCGGGCUGGGUAACACGGCGUGGUGUGGGCUACAUAUGCCACACAUGCCUUGGCAGCAUUCAUAGGGACCGGUGCCCAAGGUUUUCAUUGGACAACGGGCUAGAACUUCCAGAGGUUCCACCUGAGCUGCAGGGCAUUCCCGAGCUUGCAGAGCGGUUGGUUGCUAUACGCAUACCAUUCCUGCAGUUACGGAGACUUCCGACUGGAAACCAACAUGGACUGAAAGGUGUGGAUAGUAUAGCCUCUCCAGUUCGAUUCCCUUUCCUGCGCAAGCCUUCCCACCGCCCUGUCCUCCCCACCCCUAGCUUCCUCUUGCCUUACCACCCCUCGCUUUCCUUUCACCACCGUCCCUGUUCUUGCAUUCCUAUCCCUUCCCCUGCCCACGCCCUCCCUCAGUUUCCAUGCCUUUAUCGUUCUCUCCCCGCAACACCCCUUGCCAAACCAUCCCGUCCCCAUCCCUGUGCUUCCAUCCCUUUGCCUCUUCUGCCGUAACGACACUUCCCUUUCAUUCUGUUGCCUUCACUUCCAUCCCCGCCCCUCCCUUGUCAAAGCUUGGCUCCCAAACUCUGCCUACCAUCAUCUCUCCUCCUGUCCAACCCAACACAUGCCUUGCAUCCCCAAUCCUGUAAUUGCUUCCCUGACUCUCCCCAUGCCUUCCCAUGUCACACAUACCCACAUUCUACUUCUGUGUCCGGCUCCUACCAUUCUCUCCCAUACGCAGCGGUAUGUAACCUAGCUCCCCCCCCAUUCCUGUAGGCUCCGUCAUAAAUGUCCCGGCCGAUUUAACCCGCGUCCAGCAAAUGCUACGUCGGCACUUUGAUGACAGCGAAACUGUGCCUCUGAUACCCCCAGGUUGCCAACACAAUUGCGACCCUCCUACCUUAGCAAGACAACUUGCCCCUGAGGGCCGCAGACGCCUGGCUAGCCGGUGCAAUGUGCCCAUUGGCACUACCCAGGCCUUCCACUCACCACUGUAAAAGCCUCCCUCAUAUGCCCCUACGCUGCCAAGUGGCCUUCCCAAACGGGACACCCACGCGCCACUCUCCUAAGCAGCCACGUCAGCCCCCCCAACACCACACAACACCAUCAGCCCUCCAUGCCGCACACCCAUUUGGGCAGGCCAUGAGAUCGCUUCGGUCUGGUUACCUUAAUAUUGACGCAGGGGUCUAGGUAAAUUAUUGGGUGGCUAUUUAUCAUUUUGCCUGCAAACUCUGAGCUCAUUCUCUGACACCGGCACUGGCUAGCUGCCACAGUAAAGCCCAAACUUGUAUUUAAUUGCAACUAAACAUACGUUUGUA